AUGGACACUGAGGACUUCAGCAAAGAUAUUGAUAUGGAUGCUGAAAAUCCACAAUCAGCAACUGUUGAACAACUUAAGCCUGAAAAUCGUGAAAAUGAUGAAUUUGGAUACCUAAAACAUGAUGGAUUCUCUAGUGAGGCAUUUAAGAUUGAAGUAAAGAAUUUACCAAAGUUUUAUGGAUAUGCUGAGAUGAAGAAGUUGAUAACAAGCACUCUAACAUUGAAUGCUAGUAAAAUUAAGAUUCCGAGGAAGAAUUCAAGCUUUGCAUUUGUUUGCUUGAGGAGUGAAGAAGACCGUAAUCAAGCCCUAGAAGUGCUCAAUGGCUACAAAUGGAAAGGAAAAGCCCUAAAAGCAGUUCCAGCGAACCCAAUCAAAGAUCCACUCAUCAGAAAACGUAAGCACGAAGAUGUUGAAGGUCAAGUCAAUGAGAACAGAGCCAAAAAGACAGCUGCAGAAAGCAGUGAGCCACUCGGAAAUGUUCCAUAUGAAGAGCAACUAGUUUCAAAGCAACAAAUAAUUGAUGAAGUUCUCGCACAAUUUAAAGUUGAUUUAAGGAAGGCUGAUUAUUUUCAGGGAAAAUCCAAAAUGUCUGAAUAUGUUGAUCCAGCUUUGAAGGUACUUCCGAUCGUUCCAAGUCCACAAUCAACUGGAUAUAGAAACAAAUGUGAAUUCUCAAUCGGUAAAGAUGAAGCUGGUGAAAUUCAAGUUGGCAAUCGUGUUGGAAGUUAUGUGUCUGGCACCAUUUACGUUGAGUCUACAGACGGUCUCAAAAUGCCACCGCAAAAGAUGAAAGACGCAGCAAAUUUGUUCAAAAAGUUUAUUGUCAAGUCCGGACUUGAUAGUUAUAGUCCAGUGACAUGUGAGGGACAUUACAGGCAACUGACAAUUCGUCUUCAUGAUGAUGAUAAGGCAAUGAUGCUGAUUAUUGGAAUUCAUCCACAAAAGAUGACAGAAAGCGAGAAGGAAAAGUUCCAAAAUGACGUUGUUAAAUUUUUCACAGAAGAGGAUGGCAAGAGCCUGGAUGUGACGUCACUUUAUUAUGAAGAAAUUGAAAAGCGUCGUUCUGGACAACAAGGAAACAUUAUCAAGCACAUCUAUGGUUCUACUCAUGUCCAUGACUUCAUUCAUGGCCUAAAAUUCAGAAUUUCUCCGUCUUCAUUCUUUCAAGGCAACACAAAAGCUGCUGAGAAGCUUUAUCAAGAGAUUAUUGACUUAGCUGCAAUUACACCAACAACAACUGUCUUGGAUGUCUGCUGUGGAACUGGAACAAUUGGCCUCUGUUGCUCAAAAUACGCUAAGGAAGUCCACGGCAUGGAAAUCAUUCCACAAGCAAUUGAAGAUGCAAAGCACAAUGCACAAGUCAAUGAAAUUAAAAAUUCACAUUUUGCUGUUGGAAGUGCUGAUGAUUUAAUCAUGUUAAUGGUCAAAAAUGCGAAUGUUAAGGAUGAUGAAAGUAUUGUUGCAAUUGUUGAUCCGCCACGGGCAGGUCUGAAUACAAAAUCAAUUCAACAACUGAGAAACUCAAAGAAGAUUGAAAGACUCGUCUAUGUCAGCUGCUCACCAAGACAAGUCAUUAAGAAUUUUGUCGAUUUAUGUAAGAACUCAACAAAGUCAAUGAAGGGCGUGCCAUUCGAACCUAAGAUUGCAAGAGCUGUUGACAUGUUCCCGAAUACAAAUCAUUGUGAAUUGGUUGUGCUGUUUGAGAGGAAGAAGGUUGAGGACGUUGAGGUUGAUGGAGAAGUUAAGGUUGAGGAAGUAGCUAAGGUUGAGGUGGGAAAUGGUGGUAAAAAUGAAGAAAAUGUUGAAGAAUCUACUAAAACAGUUGAAGGUGCGGAUGAAAAAGAAGAACCAGCUCAACCAGAUGGACCUAAUUAA